AAUAGAAAAAAAAAUAGAAAACAGACAGAGAGAUGUAUGCACGUUGUUCCUGAACACUUGAAGUUGCCUGAACCUUUCCCUGCCUGGCUAAACAAUUUGCUGUAAGACACAGUCUCAAGAUGCUUCGCUGUCCGUGGCUACCCUGAGGAGGUCGAUGCCGUCGGCUCUGUUUGACAUGUCGUGGUGGCAGGCGCUUUUAAACUCAACCCUCAGCCUCAAUCAAAGCAACAGCAGCCUGUUUCUGUAUGACGCCCCCUGCUGGCAAUCGGGAGCCAUGACGCUUACAAUAGUGCUGUGCUACUGUCUGGUGCUAAUUUUGGGGUUGCUUGGUAACAUCCUCCUCAUUUGUAUCAUUACACACCAGCGGGAGCCUCCUAACGUCACCAGCAUCCUCAUUGCCAACCUUUCUGCUUCUGACAUAUUGGUGUGCGUGUUCUGCCUUCCGUUUACUGUGGUUUACACGCUAAUGGAUCAUUGGAUAUUUGGUGCGCUGCUAUGUCGCCUAAUGCCGUUUGUGCAGUGCGUAUCGGUGACCGUUUCCGUUCUGUCUCUGGUUCUGAUCGCGCUCGAAAGGCACCAACUCAUCCUGCACCCAUCUGGCUGGAAGCCGAGCGUUCCACAAGCGUACAUGGCUGUCGUGUCCGUGUGGCUGUUGGCCUUUGUGACGGCGUUGCCUUUGGUGGCGUUCUACUUGCUUAGCAGCGAGCCGUACAGUCUGCUUCCCGUGCCGCUCCGCCACCUACAGGCCUGCCUGGAAGUCUGGCCGUCUCAGCAGCACAAACUUCUCUACACCACCAGCAUGCUUCUGUUUCAGUACUGCUGCCCACUGCUUCUCAUUCUACUCUGCUACCUCCGCGUCUUCCUGCGCCUGCGACGCAGACAGCGCAUGCUGCAGCGCCAGUGCAGCCGCAACCGCGGGGACGAACACAGGCGCAUCAUGCACAGCAAACGCAUAAACGUCAUGCUCGUCUCUCUGGUGGCAGCUUUUGCCGUGUGUUGGUUGCCGUUAAACGCCUUCAAUGCAGUGGCGGACUGGCACCACGAAGUACUUCCCGUGUGCCAUUAUGACCUUUUGUUUUCGUUCUGCCACCUGCUGGCCAUGAGCUCCACCUGCAUCAACCCUAUCAUCUAUGGCUUUCUCAACAGCAACUUUCGAAAGGAUGUGGCCUCCGUGUUGCUGCACUGCCACUGUCAGACUCUGGAGGACAGCUACGAACACUUUCCGAUGUCAACAAUAAACACAGAUGUCUCAAGAACAUCUAUUAGACUCAGCAGCUAUAGGAACAAUUCUGCGUGA